CGGGCUUCCUUCAACUUUUUGUUCGAGUCAAAAAGCAUACUACCACAUCUCGGGACUUCUAUUUACCCAGUCCCUGUCUCGACAGUCCCCGACGUCUUUUUUGGCGUGCUUUUUAUUUUUACCCGCGGGCGCGUAAGAUCUGCAUUCCCCGAAGAGUGCAAGCAUCAGCCAGCAGCACAUUUUCAGCCAUGGAAAAUCCACACACAAAACGCCAGAUGCAUCAGGCGCCGACGCCCGAGAAUGCCGAUCCAUAUGCAGCGUCCUUGAUGACGCUUGGAAUGAGGAUCCGCAAGGCGGUGGCCGAUGGCCACCCUGGCAACAGACAGUAUUCGUACAAGCCUCAAUUUGGCGGUGAAUCCGUGGAAUCACAGCCACGGAACCAGCCGGAGAGAACCCCGCUCCCUGCCCAUUUGUCACAGCCCCCUGCAUUGACCAGCGACGGGUCAACCUUUCAAUCUGGACUGAAUGUUUGCGAGUGGGGAGCUCCCUCUGUGAAUGUCCAGACCUUGCCUCUGAUGGGGACCAAACGUAAGCAUGACGAGGAGCCGGACGAGACCGAAUGCAGCCACUUCGAGCAGCAUGGUGGACACCACGGCUACCAUGCCGGCAGCGCACGGGUCAGUAGCUUUGGGUCGUGGGAGGAGUUUUCGCAGAAGAACGGAGCGCUUCAUUUCGACGAGGACUUUUGACAAGUCUUGCGAUGCGAAGGCGGUUUUGGCGAGAACGCGCCUCCGGCUGAUUUUCAAUUCUCCCACCCAUUGCUCCCUUGUACGAUCUAGCCUGAUUUACGACAUACAAUACAUAAAUAUUCUGUUGUGCUUGGAUUCUCGUGUGGCUCGUGGCAUUAAAUGCUUCUGAUUAAUAAUCUGUUAGCAACAUUAAGAAAUGUCUGGUCUUGAUGGUUUGUUGAGCAACAUUAGUUUAGUGCUUCUGGUUUUAGUUAUUCGUUAAACAACAUUAAUCAAAUGCGUCUGGUAUUGAUAGUUUGUUGAGCAACAUAAAUCGAUUGCGUCUGGUAUUGAUAGCUUGUUAAGCAACAUUAAUUGAAUGCUUCUGGUAUUUUUAUUUGUUAAACAACAUUAAUCAAAUACUUCUGGUAUUGAUAGCUUGUU